CGAACGACUCAAGAUAGCCAUGACUUAUGAUUGUAAUACCAACACAAAUUUCUCCGUCAUAUGCCCUUCUUGUCGAACUUCUACUACCCCACAUACACACACAAAACACACCUAAAAAGCAGUAGUCCAAUUUGCAUUGCAAUCACUUCGAUUCGAAACGUCAAAAUGUCGCACUCCAAGCAGCAGCAGCAACAGGGAAGCAAAUCCACCGCCACCAAACUAACCGACGAACAGAUCGAAGAGCUGUGGGAAGCUUUCUCCCUAUUUGAUACCAACGCGGACGGAACCAUCACCAGCAGCGAGCUGGGAACGGUACUGCGCUCGCUUGGAAAAAACGUUUCCGACGCGGAGGUUGAGGAACUGCUGAAGGAAGUUAGUGCCGAUUUCGAGGGCCGAAUCCUAUUCGCAGAUUUUGUAUCGUUGAUGACCGUCCGGUUGAAGGAUUUCAACAGCGAAGAUGAACUGAAGGAAGCCUUUCGGAUAUUCGAUCGGAAUGGGAAUGGGUUGAUUUCGGCCGAAGAGCUACGGGCAGCGCUAAAAUCGUUCGGUGAGCAGCUUACUGAGGAAGAGGUUGAUGAGUUGCUGCGGGAAGCAGACACCAACUGCGAUGGGCAGAUCGAUUACGAGGAGUUUGUGAAGAUGAUUACACAGAAAUAGGUUGGUGGGCUGUAAUUGUGAUAAAAUAAAUUGCGUAACU